AUGAAGUUGUUGUACUUUCCCAUCAACGCCCGGAACGUCCUCGCGGAGUUGCUCGCCCGGGAGAAAGGCCUGGCGCUCACCGCGGAAGUCCCGGCGUGGCCGGAGUACAAGGCGAAGACGCUGUUCGGACAACUGCCGCAAUUGGAGGAUGGGGCGAUGACGAUUUGUCAAAGCAUGGCGAUCGCGCGCGUCCUGGCGCGACGGGCGAACGCGCUGGGAGAGAGCGAACGGGAUUUCGCGGAGAGUGAAAUGUUGUUGGAGAAGUUUGUCGAGGUGUACGACGGGCUGAAGGAGGCGCACGUGUACGGGAAGGGGACGCCGAAGGAAAAGGUGGCGGACGUCGUCGCGGCGCUCGCGACGCAUCUCGAACAGAUGGACGGGAUGGUGAACGCCGAGCGUGGAACCGUGGGCGAUAUCUCGGCCAUCGCGGCGGUUGUCAUCGCGAAGGAGUUCGGGGUUGACGCGAUCACGGCCAAGGCGCCGAAGGUGAAGGCGUAUUACGACGCGAAAAAGUCCGUCGUGGACGCCGUGUGCGGCUCGUACAGCGCGUGGUUCAAGCCUGAGGCGUGA